AUGGUCCCACCACGCCAGGUAACAGAGAGUCAGCAACAGGAGGGUGGUGACCUCAUCAAACCCAUGCUGCCAAAUCCUGUACUGGCUUCUCACCAACACAGAGCCCUUCACCGAGAGCUGCUAUUCUGCUACAGACGAGGUCUACUACCCAGAAAACAGCCGGAGCUGCAGCGUGUGCUGGAACAGAAACAGAGAGAGCAACACAAGCAGAGAGAGCUGGCCCUCUGUCCUCCCUCUGACUUGGAGGUGAAGCUAUGCACGAGACAGCAGAGAAUGCAAAUGUACCAGCCGGAGGAGAAGAAGAGGAGUGAGAGCCGGCAGAAUGAACCAGAGUUUGUUCGUGUGAGAGGAACCCUGAAACGUAGCCAAACGUUUUCCUCGUGA